AAUGUCAACGACUAUUUUGAGGUUACGCAAGUUUUAGUUUGCAAACAAACGGAUCACACGAAUUUUGAUGACCUUUUUAAUAAAAUAAAUUCAAUUUGUGUGUUAGACUUAUCUCUGUGUACAGUAACAGGAUUGUUGGGUUAUUCAUUUCAGUGACACUCAGCUACAAUCAUUUCAAUUUUCUGUCGAUUCAUCUCAUAAUUGACAACUUGCAAACGGUCCCACCGGAAAACCCUCUCACAUCACAGCUUCAUACCAAAAAUUGUAACGAAAUCACCGUCAACAAUGUCGUUUGUCAAUUGGUUAAACCAAAUAAAAAAUGCCGAAAAGUCGUCAGCGAUCAGUGGAAAAUGUCGUAAGGUCCACUAUAAAUUCAUUGACGGUCAAGAAAUGGUCGAGGAGUACAGCAUGGACACUGGUGUGCUUCAACGACGUGCCUGGAAACGGGAAAAAGCGUUGGGCGGAGAACCAGAUUGGGAAAUAGAACUGGGCGACCUCGUUCGCAGCUUAAACAGUGAAGACAAGUUUGUUGUAAGGGAGUCUGUAACAGAGCCGGUGUUAACGAAACGAUUAACAAAAAGCAGCCUCGAAUGGCGAAUUCGCAAUUUACCCUAUCCGAUUGAAACGUAUUCCGUUACGGCCAGUCCAGAUGAUUGUUCAAUUACUGUUAGAACUACGAAUAAGAAAUAUUUCAAGAAAAUACAGAUACCUGAACUGACACGGUGUGAAUUGCUGCCCAGCCAAGAACUGAUCUCAAUACAGCAUCGGCAUAACACGUUGAUCAUAACGUACAAAAAACCACAACUGCUGUUGGAUAUGGAGGUGGCGAUUCUAAUGGUGCUCAAGUCCGUCCACACCGAAACUGAUGACUACGACGAAUCAGAUACUUUGUUAAAACAAUUGUUGGGAGAUGAAUAAAUUUGUGCUUUUAACUUCUUUAUUGUCAA